CAAGAUGGCGGCGCGCAUAAACGAACCUUCUGUUUCGUCUUGUCGAUAAAUUUCUAGCUAUGGAGGACUUAAGCGGGAAAAAUGUAACUGAAAAGGAAGAGGAGGACUGCUAUGCAAUCGUGGGUAACAUUCCAAAAGAAUUUCACUCUUCUGAUUUGCGAGCAAUGUUCUCUAACUUCAUCAACGAUGAAUCAAAGGGUUUUAAGUGUUUCCAUUUCCGUCAUCGUCCUGAGUUCAGACAUGAGGCGGGAUCGAGUGGCGAAGAUAAAGAAAUUAAGACGUCCUCGACCACGUGCUGUGUCAUAUUUAUCCUAAAGACAAAUCUUCAAGACCUAAUCAAUUGUUAUCAUGGCAAGAACUGGGUUGACCGACAUGGAAAAUAUUUCCCUUCUAAGGCAUUUAUAUCAAAAAUCAGAGUUAAAGAAGGAGAAGGUUCUUCAGAAGACCUUUAUAGAACAAAACAAGAAAAAAAACAAAAUCUUUCUCCAAGGACAAACUUAGAGUUUUCACAACAUGACCUUAGGGAAAUGAUAGAGCUUCACCCUCCUGCUUUGAUGCCCAAUGGAAAUGUUGGAACAUCCUUGUCUAUAUUUAGGGAAUUGAUAAGAACUUGCAAGCUACCUCCUCAUGUGAUCAAAAAACUAGAUCUUAAUUUUUCUAUGGGAAAGUCCAAAAAGAAGUACAGCAAUGUUCCACUGGAUUACACAAGCCUGGAAAAAGGAAGGGUUCUUUUGAAAUCAGCACCAAAUGACAGAGACCACCACUUGGGAAUGAAUGCAAAACAAAGUGAUUUACUGAGGGAGAGUUCUUUGUUAACUACUGAUAGACCAGAAACUCAAAGUUCCAAACAGGAUAAGGAUGAAAAUGUUUCUGAGAGAGAAGAUAAUGAUGUGGUUUAUGCCAGUGGUGGUAAUGGUGAGAGCGAUGAAGAGGAAUGGGAGAGACAUGAAUCAUUGCACAAUGAUGUCACAAGUCAGGAACGCACAAAAGAGAGAUUAUUUGAAGAGGAUAUUGAACUUAAGUGGGAGAAAGGUGGUAGUGGGCUUGUCUUUUACACUGAUGCAGCAUUUUGGAAACAACAUGAAGAAGCAGACUUUGAUGAGGAAACUGCAGAUGAUUGGGAUGUGGAUAUGGAAAUUUAUGAAAAUCCAGGUGGAGGUGACAAAGAUUCCAGAGACCUUCUUCAGAUGCGUAUAGAAAAGCAAUGGAGGAAAGGAAAUGAUAUUGACUUAAAUCAAAUAGGAGGGUUUGAGAAACACACUAAAGGAUUUGGAGGCCAAAUGAUGAGAAAGCAAGGCUGGAAAGAGGGUGGAUGUCUUGGUUCAUCUCAGAAAGGAAUCACAGAACCUGUUUUUGCUGAAGGACAAUUACCAAAGUGUAAGAGAGGCUUGGGUUACUAUGGUGAGAAGUUACAGCGACAUGUAAAACGAACAAAAGUUGAAAGAAUUAUAUCAACUGUUUACGAUGAACUGGAGAGCAAUGAAGAGAAUCUGUUUGAAUCUUGGGGACCUGAUAAACUAAAGAAUCGAGUGGCAAAUGAAUGAGCAGCAAAAGUAGUUGGCAUGCCUCCCCUUAAUAGGUGGUCGACAACCUUUAGUGACCAUUUUGUUAAAACUGGGCAAAAUUGAAUUGGGGGAGAGGGGAAGUUGUAUGGAAGGUGUUAAAAGAAAAGAAAAUAAGAAAGUCA